UGUAGACCGCGAGCCGGGGCUAUGGCGUUGUCGAAAACGGGCUACAGGCAGUACUUGCUGCUGCUCGCGCAGCAGAACGUAGAAUUCCGGCUGCCGGAAAUAAAGUCUUUGCUCUCCCUCUGUGAUGGAAGGUUCAGCAGUUCACAGGAACUGAGAUUAAAGAGCCCGUUUUGGAUUCUUGACUUGCCUUCCGAAGAGAUAGCUAGAGGACUAAUGAAACGAACCGUAUGUGCAAAAUCAAUAUUUGAGCUGUGGGGUCAUGGGAAAUCUGUAGAAGAACUGCAUUCUUCACUGAAGAGUUAUCCAAUAGAGAAAAUGGCCCCAUAUUUACAGUCCAACUUCACCUAUAAAAUAAUAGUCUAUGCUUUUAACAAAACACUAACACAAACAGAGAAGAUUCAAAGAAUGGAUUCUUUACAGUUUUUACCAUUUAAAGGACGUGUAGAUUUAAAGAAUCCAGAUCAUAUAUUUUGGUUUUUAGAAGAUCAUGGAAUUAAUCUAGGCAACAGCACAGAACAACCUAUUGGCUUGUACUUUGGGAGAUGGGUGAGUAAUUUAUUACAUUAA